UUUCAACGUACUUCCGGCUCGUAUCAUCGAACACGGAAGCAGCAGCACUUGACACCGCCGCCGCUCUCACCGUAAAAAACAGACACAUUGUCGCAUAUUCUCUGAUAUUCAAGCCGCCGUGUUGCGAUGGUUAUAUCCACAUUUCAAAAGGUGACGCUGGUGACGUGUCUGGUGCUUUGCGUCGGGCUGCUUCUUCCUAAAAUGCUGCUCUCCCGGGGUCGGAAGGAUGCUGCAGAGCGACCGGAGGGUUCUGGUCACUUUCCUCCCAUGGUUCAUCGUCAGGUGGCCCCAGAGGGCAGAGGUCAGAGGACAGCAGGCGCAAGCUUUAACAGGGCCCACAGCUCGGAGGCUGUAGCCCGGGGCAAGGGUGCAGGUACUGGGGUUGGGACUGCAGGAAAGUCUAACCUUGCUGGUCAGAUCAUCCCUGUGUAUGGCUUUGGAAUCUUGCUCUACAUCCUCUACAUCCUGUUCAAAAUCACAUCGAAGGGGAAUAGCAAGCCACUGGAGUGCAGAUCUCCUCCUGUUCGAUCUGAGAACAUGAAGAGAAAAAUCACUGACUUUGAGCUCCUCCAGCUGCAGGAGAAGUUACGGCAGACAGAACUGAUGAUGGAGAACAUAGUUUCUAAUGUCCAGCACAGUCCUGACAGGGUUGUAGGGGUGAUGGCAGACCAGGAGGAGAGUCUCCUGCAGCAGCUGACUGAGAUCACUCGCGUGAUGCAGGAGGGGAAGCUGGUGGAGGCAGUGAUGCCUGAGGAGAAGAGCCUCGAUAACUGCCAAGGGUACCCAGAGGAAUCCGGUCAGACCUGGGAAUUUCCCCACUGCAGCUGCCACCAUGAUGCACAGCCCAGAAGUCCUCCAACAGAAAGCGUGGACGGUGAUGGUGACCACCUGGUGUCAGACUGUACGAAGACGCUCAGUGGUGAAGAUCAUAGUGCAGCAGUGGUAAGGGAACAAGAGGCUGAGCAGGAGGUACCUAAAGAAAUAGAUGAGUCCAAGCCUGCAGAAUUGGACCUGGUGGUUCCUAUGGAAGACCUGGUGGAGGAACUAGAGCUCCAACUGACAGUGAGGUAUAAUGAGGACACCAAGAAGAUGGAUGAAAGGAUGGAAGGUCUCAAAAAGGUCAUGAAGUCAGAAGCAGUCUGUAGCUCUGUCAGGAGGAGGAGCAAGAGGAGGCGAGCCAAAAAGGACUGUCACUGACUCAAAGACUGGCCUGUGACCAAGUUUGAUAUUCAUGUGUCGGUACAAUAAGGAGGGACUAGAGUUUCUUUCCCUGCAAACAAGUGAAGUUCACACCAGGCUUGGAUAUUGACAAGUUCUGAUUCUUAAAACAAGACAAACCUGAUUCCUGAACCUCAGUGAGACUUCGCUCAACUCGCACAACUUUGACACACACUCAUUGAAAUAGCAAUUGUAAACUACUACCACUGCUUUUGACUUGUCAGGUAACCAAGAUUAACUUACCAACCACUGUAAAUGGAACAGUGUCACAGCAGGCCUCACAAGGACUAUCACCACCAGAUCAUAUGAUCUGUACCUGUAAAUCCAUAAUGCAGUGAAAAUUAUAUUAAUGGAAUUUUACUUCUAACUGCUGCUGCCUCUGUUACCAUAGCCUGACAUUCACAGAUGUACUUUUUCCUUCACAUUUUUGUUACUGAAUCCGCCACGAUGACCACAAGUAACCCAGUAAUUACUGUCAGAAGUACCAUAAUUACCACCAGCUUUUAUGUCUACCUAUCUAUCCAGCUUCAAGUCUGUUAUGUGGUGGAUACCUAGUGUUAAGGUGUUCACUGUGAUAGCCUGGCGAGGACUGGCUUUCCAAACUUGAGACACUAGUCUGCAUGAAGUCAAUGACUUACUCAAGACUUUACCGCAAAAAGUUUGUUUAUUUCACGUUUUAUGGUACAUUUGACUGAUACAAAAGCAACAUCACACCGACCGAUGUUGGCUGGGAACAAUUUGGAUCAACAUUGAGCAUCGCACUACCUUCUAAGGUAGUCUUAAUGAUGUGGCGUUGCCUCAGGAGGCUACUCAGUGCUCCAUGGGCUCAGCUGGCGCGUCAGGGUCAGCAGGUUCAUCUGCGGGCGGAGCAACCUGGGAAAACAGCAAUGGUCAGCAAAAACAUUGUUCCGUCGACACCAGAUGUAUUAAGAAUGAUAUUGAAAUUAAAGCCCAUUUACAGAAUUCUUAUUGUCUGGGAGUCCCUUUCGAUUAGAGCUGAUGUGCUACGAGGUGCUACAGCCAUUCAACCUUCAUUUCGAUGAUGCCUUUUACGCUACACAUUGGUGUUUAGCUGUCUUUCGCAGAGUUAGUCAGUAGGCCAAGGGAAAUGAAAAGCCUGACAACUCUGGAAAAAACAGUUAGGAAACAAAAUGCCUAUUAAGCGAAGAAGAGAGGGCCUUUUCUUUCAUAAUGCCUAGCAUACGUAGUUUGUCUUUUUAAAAUAUGAAACCCAGAAUCAGAAAGAGUAUCUAUUUUCUAUUCAGAUAGCGCAUGCCAAGAAUAAAGAAUAAUUUGUGAACAAAAUAAAAGUCAAAUGGCUGAAAAUGGAGCCUUCUACUUCUCCAAGUGGACUGUGAGGUGCAACUAACCCAAACAGAACACAGCUUUAUCAUCAUUAAGCUCAAACACCCCUGACACUAACCAACACUGAAGAUUCAUAUAAGGCCUAGCAUGCAAACCUGAUCUCCCUGCAGAUGUCAUGUGGCUUUGACAAAGAUGAGCUGACGUGAAGCACUGGACGAACACACAACUGUAACUCUUAUCCUUUCUUCAAACCCUGUCCAGGAAGUUGUGAGGCAGUAGACCAAUGCAAUUCCUUUCUUUACAUUCACAGUUGAUUGGCUUUUAAGACUCUUUAACAGGCAGGGAAUUUGUUUGAAAAUGGCUGUCAUUGAUUAAUGUAGAUGUAGGUCAGAAGCUGCUAAAUCAAAUGCCAAGUUCAAGAUUAGAUUAGACAAAAUAAAUAAUAAGCAAUAUUUAGUGAAAAAAAAAUACAUAGUGUCACAUUUCAAGAACAGCUAAACCAGUCAAGCCACGGGGUGGACCAAGUUGUGGUCCAUUGUGAUGACCAAUUUUAUUUUUCCACUGAGACAGGCAGAUAAGACAUUGUUGUUGAUUUCUCCCUGGCAAUUAACCACCAAUACACAAUACAUACACACAAAAGUAACUUUUUUAAUGAAACAAUUUAAGACAAUCAAGUCAAUCAAAAUGCUGGUUGCUUGUCUGAAUAAGGAUAUAUAUAUAUAUGAGCAGAUGAUUAACCAUGAUAAAGACAAAAACAGACUAACUACACAAAGUAAAAAAAACAAAACAAAAAAAAACGGUGACAAUACCCUUCUUUGUGGCCGCUCCUCCAGGCCCUCCAAGAAUGGAGCCACGUCGUCGUCAUCAUAGAUCGUGAAAUCGAUGUCCUUUCCCACAAUGCCGAUGGAAACAUUCUGUGCACAUAAAAUUUGGAAAACUCUUAAUCCUCUCCAAACAAAACAUGUCAUCAUUUGUAAUACCAUUUGGUCACGCUCACAUGAAAACAGUGAAGUCAAAAGAGGCAUCACACCCAGAGGUUAGGACCCUACCAAAUACACCAAACAAUAAGAGAAAAUUCAAUGCAAUGUUCAUUCCAGCUCAGAAAAAACGCCUUCUCUUCAAAGAAUUUGACUCCAGGGUUAACGCGCGCACACACACACCUCAAAACUAACGCAUCCAGGAUCUGAAUGGAUGAAAUAAGUCAUUUGAAAAUCCUAACUCAUAACUUGAACGUGAACUCCGUUGCGGUCAAACUAACAAGAGAAUGACUAAGGGAAGUCAAAAUCAAAUGUGAGUGGAGGUCUGGCUUUUGAAUCAUAAAAAAAGAAGUGGAUAAAGCAGAAAACUGGAUGAAACUCCCCCAGAUCACUCAUAAUGACACAAGAGUGUCACCUAAAAUGACUAGGCAAGCUUCCGAAGAGAGAGCAGAGAGAUCUUCCGGGGGACCGUCUCCCAGAACUGGAAUAGGGCAUCAGUCAACUCUUAGACAGUCUGCCUGCGUGAUGCUCGACUGCAUUCAGGCAUGCCCCACACUAUCAGCUCCACCGUCACACUAGUGUCUUUACCAUACCUUGGAGGAGAGCAACGUGAGAAGUGACCAUAAAUCUGUAUGACACACUUUCGAUAAUUUUUGACUCGGAUGCCAGCCAUGUGAUGCGUGACAGUCCUGACUCUCCAAUUCACUUAAAUAUUUCACUCUCAUGGAGACAUGCUCAUGUGUUGAUCUGCAUGGGGUUACCUUGGUGGUCAGGUCUUGCUCAGUGGGGAGAGUUUCUCGGAGUGCACGCAGACCAUGUUGGACCAACUCAUUCAGAUUGCCUAAAGAAGAAUAACCGACAUGAGA